AAAAAAACAGAUGAAUGCUCAAACAAUGCGUAUCAAGCAGUUGGAAAAAACUUUAAAAGAAAAAGAAAUAGAGGAUAAAGAAGAAAAGGCGAUUUCAUUCUUAUUAAAACGAUACCCACACUCUAUGGAUCUCUUUCAAAAACAAGUCGAACAAGAACAGCUUGACAAACGAUUGAAAUCUUGUAUUCAUCGUUUUGAGAUUCAGAAAGAUCAUUUAUUAGAAGAAUUUCAAUCUAAUUGUAACCAACUGAAAACUAAUUAUAAUAGAAGGUUUGAUGAUUUAUUUGAAAAGAUGAUGAAUGAUUCUUUAAAACUAAGUGAAUCUUAAUCCUCAAAGAGUAUAAAACGUUAUUCAUCACAGUAAAUUACUCGAGAUUAAGUCAAAAAAAAA